UUGAGAAUCACACAAAAGUACAUGUAUGGUGAAUAUACUCGAGUUAAAUCAAAUGAGUGAUAAUGAAGGGCCUAUCUGGAAUCGUUUUUGGGAUAGUUUUGAUGAACUAGAGACAAUCGAUAGUGCUUCUCAACCAUCAGACAUCUCUUCUUUCUCCUCUGACCCUAAUUAUUUACCUCAACUCUCGCCUUGUAUCUACAUUUCCCCUCAACCUUCUACUUCACUGUCUCAACUCAAGCAUCUUCCUGAUAUUUCACCUCAUGAAUCUGCCAGUAUGGUAAACCAAACCCGUUCAACGUUUGCUUUCAAAUUUACUUUAAAGGGUAACAAGACUUACCGAGUUGUAUGUCCACCUGUAUUUCAUAUCCUUUUAGAAGCAGUGCACACAAAGACUUUGUCAAAUCAAAACUUGAGUCUGUUUUAUGUGGAUGAUGAGAAUGAUACAGUGUUUAUUUCAUGUGAUGCUGAUGUACUAGAUGCCGUUUACUUGGCUCGUAAGAAAGGACAAUCUCGGGUCAAAUUGAUUGUACAUUCACAAAGGCAAGACACCAAGCAACAAAAAGUCAAUACUCAACCAAAACAACAAAAGAUAGAGCAGCCAACCACACAUCACUUCUUCUUUUUACCUGCUGCUAUCACCUUCUUUAGUGUGAUGAUUGUGAGUGUAUCUAUCUACUCAAGAAAAUAGAAAUAAAAAUAAAAAAGAGAGUUUAUUA